UUACGAGUCUCGAACGCCGUAUCUGCUUGUGCACAAUGGAACAUUGGGGUUUUUAAACCAUUCUGUCUCUUCCUUAUAUUUUGUGUUUUUUUUGGGGGGGGUGGGGAAAAUUGGGAGGAGGUUGUGGGAGUGGGAGAUAAAGGACAGUAAGCGCCAGCUGCAUUUUGGUGGGUGGGAUUGGGAAGCGUGAGGAUGAAGCGCUGAUCAAAGCGGUUUGUUCAAGGCCCUGUGUUGGGGGUAUUUGCCUGUGUCUGUGGAAACAUGGGGAUGUGCUACAGCCUGCGACCGCGGCUGUUCAGCGACCCCAUCGCGUCAGUGUCCACCAGCAGCCCGGACUCGGAGCCUCCGGCGGCGGCGGCGGCGGCCCCGGCCCCGGCCCCAGCCCCAGCCCAGCAGCGGGGGGACACGGCGGAGCGGCCGCGGAGCUCCGACUGGCUGCGCGAUGGUCACCAGCCCCAGGCUCAGCGCAGGGACACGGACAGGCUCCGCGACUGGCAGCCGCAACAGAACGGCGGAGAGCGGCAACACGGCGCUAAGAAAGCAGCCUCCGAGAAACAGAACAAGAACUGGGACAGGCUGCGGGCGGAGGAGAAGGAGGCGGAGAGGGAGGCGAAGAAAGUCAGUAAAUACAUCGACAAAAUCCUGAAGGAACAGAAACGCGAGUACAAGCAAACGCACCGUCUGCUUCUGCUGGAUAUUUUGACUGGCUUGCAGGAAGCACAGAGAGACUGGUGCACAACUUAUAAAGUCACGUAUUGGCUAGAGCCACAGCUUGCAGCAACAGGGGCCGGUGAAUCCGGGAAAAGUACAAUUGUCAAGCAGAUGCGGAUCUUGCACGUCAAUGGAUUCAAUGCCGAAGAGAAGAAACUGAAAGUACAAGAUAUUAGGAAAAAUAUUAAAGAUGCUAUAGUGACAAUAGUCUCAGCAAUGAGCACUUUAAUACCCCCAGUCCAAUUAGCCAACCCAGAACAUCAGUUUCGGUUGGACUACAUCAAAAGUUUAGCUCAUCUUUCAGACUUUGAGUACACCCAGGAAUUCUUUGAUCACGCGAAAGCACUGUGGGAUGAUGAAGGUAUUAAGGCUUGUUUUGAAAGAUCAAAUGAGUACCAGCUCAUUGACUGCGCACAGUACUUUUUAGACAGAAUUGACCAAGUCCGACAAAAUGAUUACUCCCCAUCAGACCAGGAUUUGCUCCGAUGCAGAGUUUUGACAUCAGGGAUUUUUGAAACAAGAUUUCAAGUUGAUAAAGUAAAUUUUCACAUGUUUGAUGUGGGUGGACAGAGAGAUGAACGUAGAAAGUGGAUCCAGUGCUUCAAUGACGUCACAGCCAUUAUUUUUGUGGUGGCCAGUAGUAGCUACAAUAUGGUGAUAAGGGAAGAUAACAACACCAAUCGACUCCGUGAAGCUCUUGAUCUUUUCAAAAGCAUUUGGAAUAACAGGUGGCUGCGAACCAUUUCUGUCAUCCUCUUCUUAAACAAACAAGACCUUCUGGCUGAGAAAGUGUUGGCAGGAAAAUCCAAAAUUGAAGACUAUUUUCCAGAAUAUACACGCUACACAACACCAGACGACGCAACUCCAGAACCUGGAGAAGAUGCAAGAGUUACAAGAGCAAAAUACUUUGUACGGGAUGAAUUUCUUAAGAUCAGCACGGCAAGUGGAGAUGGACGACACUACUGUUACCCUCACUUCACCUGUGCCGUGGAUACAGAAAACAUCCGCAGAGUAUUCAAUGACUGUCGAGACAUUAUUCAGAGAAUGCACCUUCGCCAGUAUGAACUAUUGUGAUGGAGAAACAACCCAAGUUCUUGAUUUUUGGACUCCCUGAUUCCCUUUUUCUUAAUGUGCCCACACAAGGUGGGAGAAAUAUGAGCGAAGUGGAUCUACUUUGCUCUCAAAAUUCUCUCCUUCUUUACUCAUCCUUUCUUGUAUUCCCUUCUUCAUGCAUCCCAUUAUAUUAUUUUUUUAAAAGCUCUGCUUCUGCUCCUUCUUUGUGGUUCCACUGAGCCCUCUGGCUACCUCUGUGUCUGACAGAUGCCUGAGUAUACCUCAGCCUGUCUCUCUCCAGGCUUGUAGCUCUAUUGUCUAGUCGUCUCUGCUCUUGGGCAGCACAAGAUGGCAGUACCCUCAGACCUCUCCCCGUCUGGGUUUCUUUUCAACACAACACUUGAGAGUACUUGAUGGGGUAAAAUAUAUUAGGAUGAAAAUGCACUUUUUGCAUCGGGUCAUUAAAAAAAACUGUUGAGGAAGUUCACGCAAUGUAGCAGCACCACGAUAUUUAAUAGUUUCACUGUUUUCAGCAUUAAGAAACACAGGGCGGCUGAAAGAAAAGGACCUCCUCUAAAGCCAGCAAUGGCAAAGAUUUUUUUAAAGGACAAAACAAGGCAGGUUGUCCAAGUCCUACAAGUAGGAACAAUGUUUUGAGGUCUUGGGGCUAUCGAGUCUCAUCACAUCUUAGACCUUGAACAGAAACUGCUUCAAUUUGAGGCUGGAAACAGCACCCCCCCCCCCCCCCCCCCC